UAUCUCCUCUCAGGCACUGCCCCACUAAAACAAUCAGAAGUUUAUGCACGUGGGAUAGUGACGCUGUUCCCUUCCCUUAAGGAUCCAUACUCCAAGAAGGGCUAUGAACACUUCUAUGAUGCUGCAAGCAGCACAGGGUACAUUUCUUGGCGUCUGAAAACAGUCCAGAGGAAGAUUCUGCACAGCCACCAAAUAGCCCAAUUGACUUUUCUCCAGGAGGCCCAAAUUGGCAAAGGACUGUUAAUGUUGAAGGGCAGCUUGAUGGUGAUGCUUGCCAAGAGGCCAUGUCUUUGCUUAACCAUACAGCAGACAAUUCCCGUUACAUUUGAAAAGUUUUUAGUUAACUCUUGUGACUGUUUGUCCUCAGCCUACGACCAAGAAAUGGCCUCCCUGUUGUUGCUGUUACAUCUCCUUCCACCACCUCCAGGGGGACUGAAGUCUCCAAAAAAUAGUGCAUGUGAUGCAGUUGAAAGACUUGUUGUAUUUCAUAAGUCAUGCUGCAGUUUGGAGGAGCAUCUCCGCAACCAGCAGGGUCGGCAGCCGUACCUCCUCGCUGUUGGGCGUCAGAAGAGCAAGAUUGACAGCUUCUACAUCACCAUGGAUAAGCGUCUCAUCCCAUGCAAGGCAAACCGCUCCCUCGGGGCAUGUGAUGAACUUUUCAAAGCACAUUUUGUGUUUAAUUUGUCUUACGAUGUGGCACUUGUGAAUUUUUAUACAUUCCUGCAGACAACAGUGUAUAACAUUGAUGUGGGGAAAAUGAAGGAGUCACCCAGAGUUAAAGACUUGAGAGCAAGACUGCUUAACCAGCCAGUAGCAUUCUCACCCUGUGAGUAAGAAGCUAUAACAAUGCUGACCUGUUUCAUGUGUUGACAAACAAGCUAUUUACAGAGAAUUUUCAUGACCAUCAUCAUGCAUUCAGAGUAUUACGAAGUGCGGAAAGAUGUUUACUAAAAAUGUCUGCGCUUAAAUUUCAUAAACCGUUUCAUAUUCAAAGCUCAUAUAAUGUUUUGGAUGAAAGUUUGUACAUUAUACCUUCAUUCACAAUGUUUUAAUUCAACUGACUGCAAGGGAGAAAAGGAAUAAAUGUUUUUGAAAAUGUU